UUGAAAAUUUCUCCGUUGAUUUUGAUUAUAAUUUGUGGUGUGUCAAAAUGGAAAGGGCGAAAGCUUCUAUUUAUUGCCGAUAUGUUGAGGAUUGAGAUGUCCACUUUUGGCUUUAGUCGAACGUGGAGGCGUUGAGUCAACUUAAAAUUAUUUUAUAAUUGGGACAAAAAUGGUACGCAACAAUUUUUGUUUGUUGUGCUUUUGAGCGUUGAUUUGAUUUUGCCAUUACCACUGCCAUUGUCCACCAGCAAGUAUGAAACCAGAGAACAAUAUGGAAUGCGGCUCAUUGCCCCCACCGGCCAACUAGGCCAGCACAUGGCCCUUUAAUUCAAACCAAUCCCUUUGACUUUUGUAUUCAACCCUUUCUCUCUAUCUCGAUCUUUGUAAAUUGAAACUCCCCCACCCAAUAUCCAAUCUCAAUAUUCAUCUUCUCCGACUUUCAUUCUGCACACCUUCUAUCCAUGUUACUACACUCCUAAUCCUAGAUGACGAUGAAGACUGGAUCCCCACUUGGGUUGUUGAUUUUGAUCGGCGCUCUUCUGUUACUUCAAUCAUCCACAGUCGCAGACCCCAGAUCCCGAACCGUGAAGAUACUAUGUGCAACCGUGCUAGAGCACAAUACAACGGCCUUUGUCCCCAAUUUCGUCGCCACAAUGCAAAUUAUUAGUGACCAAAUGCGAACCGGUGGGUUUGGAGUGGCAGUUGUGGGUAAAGGCCCGGACAUAAACUACGGCCUAGCUCAAUGUUACGGAGAUUUGUCGCUCAUGGACUGUGUGUUGUGUUAUGCGGAAGCCCGUACUGUGCUUCCUCAAUGCUUCCCUUUCAACGGCGGCCGGAUUUUCCUGGAUGGCUGUUUCAUGAGGGCUGAGAACUACAGCUUUUAUGAUGAAUUUGCGGGGCCUCUUGACAGGGCUGUGUGCGGUAACAAUUCCGUCAGCAACUCCAUUUUUGGACAGUCGGCCAGGCAGGCUGUGGCCCGGGCAAUCGAAAUUGCACCCAACAAUGGAGGGUAUGCCAGAAUUCAAGUGACUCCCCGUGGAACCGUCAAUGCCUCCGUUUACCUGUUGGCUCAGUGCUGGAAGAAUUUGAAUCGCACCUCCUGCAUUUCCUGUUUGCAAAACGCCUCUGCUUCUAUCUUGAAAUGCUUGCCUCGAUCCGAAGCGAGAGCCCUCAACACAGGUUGCUUCAUGAGAUACUCUAACCUUGACUUCUUAAAUGCCGAAGCUUCAUCUUCAAGGUCAAGGGGUACUAUUAUAGAAAUUAUAGUCUCACUGGUGAGCUCUGUUGCUGUUUUAGUCAUUGGAGUGUUGAUUGGAAUCUACAUCUGGAAUAACAGAUAUGUAAAGAAGAAAAGAAGAGGUUCAAUGGAUGCAACUAAGAUGGCAAAAACACUAAACAAUAGUAGCUUGAAUUUCAAGUACUCUACCCUUGAAAAGGCAACAGGAUCCUUUGCUGAGGCUAACAAGCUUGGACAAGGAGGUUUUGGCACUGUUUAUAAGGGAGUUUUGUCGGAUGGAAGAGAGAUAGCUGUGAAGAGGCUUUUCUUCAAUAACAAACAUAGAGCAGCAGAUUUUUACAAUGAAGUUAACAUAAUUAGUAGUGUGGAGCACAAAAAUUUAGUACGGUUGCUUGGUUGUAGUUGUUCUGGACCUGAAAGUCUGCUCGUCUAUGAAUACCUUGCCAACAAGAGUCUCGACCGCUUCAUUUUCGAUCGAGAUAGAGGUAAAUCACUCAACUGGGAGAAAAGAUUUGAUAUUCUUGUGGGAACAGUUGAAGGUCUGGCUUACCUUCAUGAGAACUCAAAAACGAAGAUCAUUCACAGAGACAUCAAGGCUAGUAACAUCCUGCUAGACUCCAAGCUUCGGGCUAAAAUAGCUGAUUUCGGAUUGGCUAGAUCCUUUGAAGAAGAUGAGAGUCACAUCAGCACUGCCAUUGCUGGAACCUUGGGAUACAUGGCGCCAGAGUAUUUAGCUCAUGGACAGCUAACAGAAAAGGCAGACGUGUACAGUUUUGGAGUGGUUUUGCUGGAGACCGUGACUGGCAUACAAAACAAUAGAAGCAAAACCUCAGACUACUUGGAAAGCAUAGUACUAAUUGCAUGGAAGAAUUUUCAAUCGGGAACAAUGGAAAGGAUAUUGGAUCCAAACCUUAUGGUUGAGGUUGAGGAAGAUGGGAGCAUAAAAGAGGAGAUAUUGAGAGUGGUGCAUAUAGGGCUUCUUUGCACACAGGAGAGUGCAUCUCUGCGACCCACAAUGUCGAAGGUACUGCAGAUGCUGACGAAGGAAGAGGAACUUCCGGCGCCGACCAACCCACCGUUCAUGGACGAGAGGACAAUGGAAUUAAACGACACCAGUGAGGAUCCAUCAUGCUUCAACCUCACGGAAGCUUCUUCCUCAGCUGCCACCGUCACCCAUAGCUCAUUUCAUCCCAGGUAAAUUUGUAAUUUGCAAUAUAAUUAAGAGUUCACCUCAGGAAGAAUUUUGUAGAUAUGGCGAAGGAGAAGAAGGUAUCUCUUCGCAACCAGCUCUGUUCUGUAUGAGUAAUACUGUAAUUUCAAGUAUUAAGUAAUACUGUAAUUUGAGUGCAA